CGCGCGCGCGCGUUCUGACCGCGCGCGAUCGCCGCGACGCGCACGCGCGUCGCGCGCAUCGCGUUCGGUCGCCGCGCGGUCGCGAGGACGCCUCGGCGCGACGCGCGGACGUCGGAUAAUCGCGCCGAUUCUCAACACCAAUCAUGGACGCCCCGAUGGAUGGCGCCGUGGAAGCCGUCGAAACCACGGGAUGGUUCCUCGCGCUCGCGCUCACGCACGCACCGAUGAUGGUGUUCACGCUGUACGCGUCGCUGACGAUCGUCGAGCGCGCGCUGGGGAGCAAAAGGGGCAAGGUGAAGGAAAAGCCGCCGGCGCGAGAGGCGCCGCCGUACGUGUGCGUGCAGUUGCCGAUGUACAACGAGCCGGCGUGCGCGAAACGGGCGAUCGACGCGGCGUGUCUGCUGCAUUGGCCGCAAGAUUUGAUAGAGAUACAGGUCUUGGACGAUAGCUCGGACGGGACGGAGGAUGUGGUGGACGACGCGUGCGCGGAGUGGCGGGAACGCGGGGUGGUGUGCAACGCGCUGCGAGCGAGCGCGGUGCUGAGAGGGAAAUCGAGACAGACGAAGGCGGCGGCGUUGGAGUACGGUCGCGCGCGGACUUCGGCCGAUUUGAUUGUGGUUUUAGACGCCGACGCGGUGGUUGAGGAGGAUUAUUUAGCGAAGAUUGUGCCGUAUUUCUACGACGAGCGAGGCGAGCGAAGGAGCGAGGUGGCGGUGGUGCAGCCAGACGUGACGUUUAAGAAUUCGUCGCAAAACUUCUUGACGAUGCAUCAGGCGUUUAAGAUGGAAGCAGACGCGAUUGUAGGGAACAGGGCGUACAUUCGCGCGUUUGGGUGCGCGCUGCGGGCGGGAAGCGGGGCGAUUUGGAGCGCCGCCGCGCUUCGCGGCGUCGGUGGUUGGGACGUAAACAUGCUCGCGCUGGAAGGGACGGAUAUGUCCAUGCGCACGCGCAUGGCUGGGUACAGUGGGAAAGCGGCGGCGAACGUCAUCAUAGAAACCGAGCUCCCGUCGACGCUAAGCGCGUACAAAAGUCAACAGUUACGAUGGAUGUGGGCGUGGGCGUAUUUAGCCAAGCGACACUUGGCUAGCGUGUUGUUCAAUUCGUUCAACGGCGUGACCUCGGACAUUGGUAUCGGGGUUUUGAACGGGAACGUCGCUCGCUUGUGGUUUGCGCUCACAAUCGUGCGUCCGGCGCAAUGGUUGCUCCUCGCCGUGUGGUUAUUACUCCUCCCUGAGCUCAUUUUCGACGGCAUGUGGCUCGGCAACGCCCAGCACGUGAUUCACGGCGCCGUUUGGUUGUACUUUUUACCCCUGUUGCUCAUCUUGAAGGCGGAUACGUUCGCGAUGUCUGAUGUAGAAGGUAAAGUUCGCUCGCCCCCGAAGUCCACGGGCGAGGCGAUGAGCACGAUGCGCACGACGUUGCGCAAACUGAGCUGGAUCGGCCCGCACGCGUGCGUGUCGCUCGGCAUGAUCGCCGUGUACUGCACCGGAUACGUGCGCGGCAUUUUCGGUUCCACCUACCCUUCCUUCGACGCCCCCGUGAGUCAGCUGCGCACGCCAAAGCUUGGAAAUGGCGACGUCGAGCUGAGCGAAGCCGAUCGCGGCGCCGACGAGACUUCUUGCUCGAAGAGUGAGAUUUGGCAAAUCGUCUUCGAGAUGACCUUCGUCGUCGCCACGAUUCGCGCGUCGAUCGAACUCAUGAAGUGGGCCCCGACGGGCGGGUCAGGGGCGGGGACGAUUUCACUCGUUUCCGUGAUUGGGUUCGGCAUCGCGGCGUGCUGCGUGUACGUCGCCGCGGGAAGCUGGGAUGACAAGUGCGGUCCGAGAAGUAGCGAGCGCUACCGUCGCGCCAAGACGUCGAGCGUCGAAGAGCGCGCGGGGUUACUGUCGUCUACGACGGCGGCGGCGACGUUGGCGCCGCCUCGACGGAUCAAUAUGUCUCUCUCAUCGAAGUCGCGACGCACGAAAGCGAGCGACAUGUACGGUACGAGUACUGUCCCCGCGUUUGACGUGGAAAGUGGGAAACGAACGCCCGAGGCGUUUAGCGUCGGCGACGAGGACGACGUCCAACCCGUCAGCCUCGACGUCCCGGCGUUGACGAACGCGAAGGAGAUGCAAAAGGCUAUCAAAAAGUACAAAAACAUGCGAGAUCACAAUUUCGAUCUCGAGAACUUUAGUGAGUACGCGCAGAGCGAUGCGACGAGCGUGAUGUCGGAAAAUCACGCGCCGUCGCACGUCAACUUUGGAUCGCACGCGCCGUCGCACGAAGAUUUCGGCAGCGAAAUCGGCAGCGCGUUCGGCGACGGCGACGACGACGAAAGGUCGGUAGACAUGGACGGCAAGGAUCGCGCCGCGCUGGCGCACGCCAUGCAAGCGCAGCACGACUCGCAACAGCGCGCCAAAUCGCUUCGCAUGGCGAAUUUGCGCGUCAACACCGCGCCCGCGCCGAAUCCCAAACGGUCGCGACCGCCGAGGUCGCCGCGCAGCUCCAACGCGACGUCCGCGGACAAUUCGCCGCGCGCGCCGCUCUCACCCCCGACCGCGGAAUCACCCAAACCCAUCAGCGCGUCCGAUUGGGUCGAUUCCCCGAUCGUCGUCGACGCGUCGUCGACGCCUCGAUGACGCCUCGACGACGAAGCCCGUCUCGCGUCGCGUCGCGUCGCGUCCGCGUCUACAGC